AUGAUAUUUAAUUUGUUAAAGCCCUUUGCAGAAAAACUUAAGUACUGGGACAAAAACAAAGAGAAGGAAGUUACGUAUCAAAAAGAUUCAAGCAAAAAAAAGCCUGGAAAGCAAAGAUUAUUGACCAUUAUGGAAGAGUUCAUCUUAACUUUGGUGAGACUCAGACUUGGGCUUUUAAGCAGACAUCUUUCAGAUAUAUUUGGAGUAUCAGAGGGAACAGUUAGCAAAGUCUUUACAACUUGGGUUUGUUUUCUGUCCACAGUUUUUCGUGACAUUCUCCUUAAAUGGCCUUGUAAGGAAGACAUUAAUAAAACUUUACCACGGUCUUUUUAUAUUUUUUUACAAAAGCCAACAUCCCCUAGUGCCCAGAGGGCCACCUGGAGUAACUAUAAACAGCACAACACAGUGAAAGCACUAGUGGGAAUCUCACCUACAGGUUAUUUCACCUUUGUUUCUAAACUAUGGACUGGAAAUGUCAGCGAUAGAUAUAUUACUGAAAAAAGUGGUCUAUUGGACAAACUUGAAGAGGGGGAUUCUGUCAUGGCAGACAAAGGCUUCAACAUCAGGGAUCUACUUACAAGAAAGAAAGUAGCACUUAAUAUCCCACCACUUUGCAAAGGAAAGCAACUGUCUAAGAAGGCAGUAAAAUCUACCCGUGCCAUUGCCAGUGUUCGGAUCCAUGUAGAAUGUGCCAUUGGACGACUUAAGGACUUUAGAAUUCUACAAGGGAACUUUCUUGUUCCAAUGCUGCCCAUUGCUGACAACAUUUUUAGUGUGUGUGCUGCUCUGUGCAAUUUGCUACCACCCCUGGCUAAAUAACUACUGCUGCCUUGUGAGCUGAG